AUGAACGACUCUGCAGUAUUUGACUGCUGUGAAGACGAAUCCCGUCCAUUUCAGCUGGACCUUUGCAGUCUCGAUCAGCAUGACGCCUGUCUCUCCACAAAGAUGGAUAACAACUCUUGUCUUCCAAUACCCUAUGGCUCGCUAUUUACAACUGGCAAACUAAAGAACUUUGACACAGUCGUGGUUGCACCUCCUUAUCAGCAUGAUGCCUCACUUAGCUCACCGUCUCCGGUUCACACAUGCCUUGAUAUGAAGUUACCUUGCAGGUCACACUUGAGUCCCGAUAGGCAAAUAAUAGCAGAAAGUACCAAAACCAAUCCUCGUGAUGUGUUCCCGCGAUCCAGACGUCUUGCAAAGUGUCCUAUUUACAAUGCCUCCGAACCUGUCGUUGACAAAAUGGGGCCAGAUCGUUCCUCGGAUCAAGAUCCUCAGCUCCGGAAGAUCUCAUGUGCGUUACUUUCUGUAGAUGAAGACAGCUGCCUGGCUGAACUGAGUGAUUCCGCUUUUUCCAGAGUCUCCAUAGCUGCUGCAAAAUCUGCAAAGCUCGUGCCUCCAGUGGCGCAACCCAGUCAGUUUCAAAGGGAUUUCGCUCGGACCGCAGCAGCCUCCAUAUCAUGGCAUCAGGGCAGAAGCAUACAGAUUGGAGCCAAAGAAGCGGAUGUAUGA